AUGCAAGGAUCACGCUUUAUCGAAGAAUUUGACUCGGAUUUAUCACCUCCCCGCAAAAACGAAAGUCCUUUAGAAAAGUUAAUGCUAAUCAAUAAAACGCAAUUUAUUACAUUCGUUGUGGCAUUACUUGCUUGGACGUCCGUUUCAUUUAAUUUUUUCAUUGUUACGUUUACAUUACCUUAUAUCGCUCGAGAUUUCAAUUUGCGUCCAUCUGAUGUUGCCAUUAGCAUUACUUUUAUGUUAAUAUUUCGACCGCUAGGUGCAUUGAUAUUUGGUUUACUAUCAGACAGAUAUGGUAGGAAAUAUACAUUAAUGGUUGAUAUUGUUAUGUCCAGUGGAUUACAAUUAGCAUCAGGGUUUGCACCAAAUUUUUCAAUCUUUGUUAUUACGAGAGCACUUUUUGGGGUUGCUAUGGGAGGUGAAUGGGGUUUAGGAGCCGCGUUAACAAUGGAAACCUUACCAUCUGAAAGUCGUGGUUUGUUAUCGGGAGUUUUACAAGAAGAAUCCGAAGAAUGGCAAAGAAUACGUGCUCUACGUAAAAAAUCAUACAAUUCAUUUGAAGAAAUACGGUUAAAUGUAACCAAUCAUUGGAGAAAAUUUUUUUUCACUAUAUUUUUAAUGACCGCGUUAAAUUUCGUAAUUCACGGGUCAAAAGAUUUGUACCCAACAUUUUUGAAUGUUCAACUUGACUUCACACCAGGUCAAAUAACUUUUAUCACAACAAUUGCAAAUGUGGGAUCAUUAAUAGGAGGGGUAAUAAGUGGUUACAUUAAUCACUUUGCUGGAAGAAAAAAUACAAUGAUGGGUUUUAUAUUUUUCACCGCAUGUUUUUUACCUUUAUAUGUGAUGCCGAAGAAUCAUAAUAUUUUGGCAAUCGGGGCUUUUGUUAUGUACCUUUGUAUAUCCGGUUGCUGGGGAGUAAUUCCAGUUUACUUGAACGACAUCUCUCCAGUUGAAUUUCGUGGAACUUUUCCCGGUUUAGUCUAUCAAAUUGGCACACUAUUGGCCGCUUCUUCCGCACAGAUUGAAGCAUUCUUUGGUGAAACGCUAAUUAAGGAUGAAAAUCCUAAUUAUGGGUUAACAAUUGCUUUAUUAACAGGUUUCUCUGCCUUCAUUAUCAUUCUUAUUUUAAAUUUUACUAAAUAUGUUUAA